AUGACCUGCAAUGGUGGGAGUGAUGUGACGUAUCGGUGGUUACAGAAUGGUGCGGUGGUGGCGGUAGGACCGACAUAUACAAUCUCAUCUUCCCGGGUUGGACACAGUGGGACCUACCAGUGUCAGACGAGCCGUGGUCAUAGUUUGGAAUUCCAGCUGGAAGUCAGCCGUGGUCCGGUCAUCCUGCAGGCUCCGGUCUUUGUGUAUCGGGGAACAGACAUAAAUCUGAGGUGUCAUAGCCGUCCUGAGUAUCCUGUACAUUGGACAACAAUCUACAAGUAUAAUAAUGGCAUAUUGGGUCCAGUGACUGAUCGCGAUGCGGUUGUACUUUAUGGAAACACUGAUGUGUCUGGAAGAUACGGAUGUGAGAGAAGAUUAUCCCGGGAUGUAACAUACACAGAUGAAGUGUCUCUACAUGUCAGAGACCUGUUCACAAAGCCAAAUAUUACCGCAAUGCUGCGUCCAAUGACCGAAGGUGACACCGUGACCCUGACAUGUGACACGAGACUCAGCCCGCUCAGACCGGGGACACAACUCCAAUUUGCUUUCUACACAGAUGGACGGAAGGUUCAGGAAUUCGGUUCCUCCAAUCACUAUGGAGUCCAGUCCGCUCAGCUGGAGGAUUCUGGGAAUUAUUCCUGUGACGUGAGAACUCCAACCAACAGUGUGAUGAAAGGGAGUGAAGGAUUAGAUAUGCAGAUCCAAGGAACAAGUUCUGAGGCUACUUCAUGGACCACAUACACCAUUCUGAUCAUUGUCUUCACCCUCCUCUUCCUCAUCACCAUCGUAGUGAUUGUCGUUGUCAUCAAGCAUAGGCGCAAACCAUCACCGACGUCUACCAGCAGAAGGCCAACAAUGGACCCUCCAGAAGCAGAGUCAUCCAGAGACCUCUCUCGGGAAGGGGACGCAUGUUGCGCUCAAGUAAAUCGCAAGCAGAAAAAACCUGCCGCCAACUCCACCGCUGAUGAACAACUUCCUCACCCCGAGCCGCUGACAAUGAGGUCUUUCAAAGAGACUAAGGAAGGAGGGGAGGGUAUGAGCCAGUUUAUCAAAAUGGUCUUCUUCGCCGUCAACAGACAUAGAUGCUCCCAUCCAAAGAGGCAUCUUGAGGAGCCCGUGGAGGCUGUGGAGAUGGACGUGGGCAGAGAAUGGAAUAGACAUGUGACCGGUGUGUUUGACCUCAGGGUCCCUGCAUGA